AAUAAAAUUGUCAUUUGUUACAGAAUAUUUUUGUAGUUGUCCAAAUUCUUAGUUUAUGUACAAACAAAAAAACAAAAAACCAAAUAAGAAACAAUUACCAAAUGUCUUUCAAUAAUGGCGGAACGGAUUUUGAUUUUCUCCUCACUGAGGAUUUUCUACUAUUUCUCGACUUAUGUCGCGAUCCAAAUCAGGUCUUCAAGCCGAAUUCCGAUGAAAGUUGCUUGGCUCAAACGUGGCUAGAUAAACUCUGCCGCUACGAAUGCAAAGAUUUAGAUGAACGACGUCUGCGCAAUAUCUACAUGAGUUAUCUGUGCUGUUGCCUUAUUGAGGGCGUACUAAAGGGACCCUUCGCUAGUUAUCCACGUGCUGGUCCCUUACAAAGGGUGGAUUUCAAUCCAAAACAGAAGCAGCCGCUUUCCUGUCCUCCAUUGAUCAAAGUUAAGUCGUACAAGGAGUGUGAAGAUACGAAGAAUCGUUACAAUGAUAGCUGCGAACAACAACUGAGUAUUUGUUGUUGUAGUAAGGAUGAUAGAUUUAAUGACGUCAGUGUCGGUGUUGGGGGCAGUGGCAGUGGUGGCAGUGAAGUCAUGCGUUGUUGUCCAGAAGUACGUUUCAGUACAGAUAUACAAUGCAAGCCUGAUGAUGCGCCAAAGCGGACGUCGGGCCACGUUUUCAGCGAUUAUAUGCUGCGCGAGAUUACGUCGCCUGGCGCGUAUAACACUUUCAAAUCGUGUGACUCGUGUCAGGAAUAUGAUCCAUAUGGGCAAGCGAAGAAGAUCAUGCGGCAGGAUGUGGAGAACUUAUUGCAGGCAAUUGGAGCCGAAUUGCGUGGUUAUGUCGGCUGCGGAUGCAAUGACUAUUUGGAAAGUGAAUUGUCGCGUUAUAAGAAUUUCAUAAUGAAUUUCUCGAGCAUAGCUUGCGCUCUGGCUAAGAUGGAAUCGCUACCGGCAUUGCGUUCGUUUCUUCUGAUAAAUUUACAAAAUGAUUUGAUUAAAUUACUUUCAGACAAUUGUCUUUGAGGUACGAGUGUACCAUAGUAAGUGUGGAGUGUGGAGUAGUGUGAAAAAUUUGAGUGACGUGCUUGUAGAGUGACCUUUGAUAUAUUGACGAAAUAAAGUGAUAAUUACAUCA